UGAUAUCCCCUCGCCACGAACCAACCAUCCAUCCAUCCCAGAGAAACCAGGAACCAGAGCAGCGGCUCAGGCGAGAGUCCUUCACCCCGAUCCAGGCAAGAUGGCAUUCGCCGCCUCCACGGCUUGCUGCAAGCCGUCCGCGCUGCUGGCCCCUCGCGCGUCGGCGUCGUCGUCGUCCCAGGCGCGCCUCUGCAGGCCCUCCACCUCGGCCGCGUUCCAGGGCCUCAGGGCGCCGGCGCCGGCCUUCGCCCUCGCGCCUGCGCCGCGCCGCCGCGCGGCGUCCACCGGCAUCGUCUGCGGCAAGGUGAGCAAGGGCAGCGUGCCGCCCAACUUCACGCUCAAGGACCAGGACGGCAAGACGGUGUCGCUCUCCAAGUUCAAGGGCAAGCCCGUCGUCCUCUACUUCUACCCCGCCGAUGAGACGCCCGGCUGCACCAAACAGAUCUUUCGCCAGAAGACAUUCACCCCUCCUGGUUCUGCCGGAGCUAGCUCACCAUUCCUUUCCAAACGCCAUGGCUUCGCCACCAUCCAAGCUCACCUCUCCUCCUCCCCUACCCCCACCGCACAACAAGAGACCACGACCAUACCGUCUCAAGAAAUCACCGAGGCAGCGACGCCGAGGAGGCAGCAGCCCAUCAAAGAGGAGGCCGCCGUCGCCAAGGGAGACGGCGCCCGGACGUGCGAGCUGCCGACGUGGGCGGUGAUCGGCGGCAUCACGGCGGGCGUGGCGGUGGCGCUGGCGCUGUCGGUGGACGCUGGGCCGGCGAUGGCGCUGGGGCCGGAGGGGCCGCUGCUGGAGGAGUUCUGGGACAACAUGCGGCGGUACGGGCUGUACGCGCUGACGGUGAGCACGGGGUUCGCGUGGGCGCUGGUGCAGCCCAUCUACGAGCUGCUGCGGAACCCCAUCACCGCCGUGCUCAUCAUCCUGGUCAUGGCCGGCGGCGCCGUCCUGACCGUCCAGGUCAUCAACGCCAUGGCCGGCAACUCCGACUUCGUCUACAUGUACGAGCAGUAGCCAUAGAUAGCUAUAGUUAGGGUAUUUUGUACGUACGUACAGUAUAUGUCCGGUCGAUUUCGGACGAAACAUGCAACGCAUGCAUGAUUUUGGGAGCAAUAAAAAGGUGACACACAUUAGACCA